GUUGCAAUAGUGCACGAACCUCCCUGCCCUACCGGAAAUACCAAUCUCGCGCUGAAUAUCUCACGUUCGCCAUUCCACUCUCCGCCGUCCCCGCCGCACGUCUCGACAACCGCCGCGUCAGAACCACGAGCGCAAGCAGCUUCCGCCCUUUGUGACCCGUGGCUCGGCGCUUCAAGAACCAUCACAGGGUCUUGUCUCUUAGACAAAGGAAACUAGACAUCUUCCGGGCUUACGAGGCGACGCACGCUUGCACGACACCUUACGAUACGCUGUGCUCAUCAUGGCUGGCACUCGGAAUUAUGAUUUCCUAAUCAAACUACUUCUCAUCGGCGACUCGGGCGUAGGCAAGUCCUGCUGCCUACUGCGCUUCUCUGAAGACUCCUUUACGCCGUCGUUCAUUACCACCAUCGGUAUCGACUUCAAGAUUCGAACGAUCGAGUUGGACGGAAAGAGAGUGAAGCUGCAAAUAUGGGAUACUGCGGGCCAGGAACGCUUCAGGACAAUCACGACUGCAUAUUACAGAGGCGCCAUGGGUAUCUUGCUGGUGUACGAUGUUACAGAUGAACGCAGUUUCAAUAACAUUCGAACGUGGUUCUCCAACGUCGAGCAGCAUGCGACUGAAGGCGUCAACAAGAUCCUGAUAGGCAACAAAUGCGAUUGGGAAGAGAAACGUGCCGUUUCCACUGAACAAGGACAAGCCCUUGCAGACGAGCUGGGCAUACCAUUCAUGGAAGUAUCAGCAAAGAGCAACAUCAACGUCGACAAGGCUUUCUACAGCUUGGCAGGCGAUAUCAAGAAACGUAUUGUCGACACGCAACAACCACAGCAAGGAAACCAGCAGGGUGUUAGCGUGGGAGGCCAACAGAGCGCUGCAGGUGGACUGGGCAAGAACUGCUGCUAAACCAACGGGUCAAUGAGAGAGCAGGCAUAUGAUGUGCAAAGUGAGAGCAGCAGCAGCAGCUAUGAAACGAAUGCAGACACGCAGCAACGGGAGUAAGCAGCUUGGGAGUCCACGAUUUUUUCUCUCUUGGGAACACAUCACUGCUGUAAAGGAAGGAAGGUAUAUCCGCAUGGAUAGCGAGAUUCGGCGUUUUUCUUUUUGGAAGGAGCAAUAGAGACAGCCAAGUUUUUUUAUUGUUGUCGUUGUUGUUUUUUAAUCUGCUUGAGGACAAGGCAUUCCAGGGCAACAGCAGCAUCGGAUACCGAUAAGUAUUUACCUGUUGAAAUUCGUGAGUUUAAAACCUGUUUUGAUUUCUCUUGUUUCACUCUCGGGCUUGGCAUUUUGGUUCUUGUUGGUUUGGUAGUGGGCAUGCAGGCAAGUCCAUGUAAGCAAGUUAAAGAAGCAGAGCAGAGCAAAGCAGAGCAUUAUACGAGAGAGAAUUUUGAC